AUGCGUGCUCAGUACCUCAUUCUUGCUGCCAUUGGCCUCGUGGCUGCCGCCCCUCUCGAUGUCAGAGGAGCAGAUGCCGAAGCUGAAGCUAUUCCCUUCUACCCAAAGAGGGGAGCUGAUGUAGAGGCGGAGGCAAUUCCCUUUUACCCCAAGCGCGGAGCCGACGCUGAAGCCGAGGCCAUUCCCUUUUACCCUAAGCGAGGAGCGGAUGCGGAGGCUGAAGCCAUCCCGUUUUAUCCCAAGAGAGGCGCAGACGCGGAAGCUGAGGCUAUUCCCUUCUACCCCAAACGUGGUGCUGAUGCCGAAGCCGAAGCGAUCCCUUUCUACCCCAAGAGAGGUGCUGAUGCCGAAGCUGAAGCCAUUCCAUUCUAUCCUAAGAGGGGCGCGGAGGCUGAGGCCGAGGCCAUCCCUUUCUACCCAAAGCGCUCCGCUGAUGCGGGAGCUGAGGCAAUUCCCUUCUACCCUUGA